UGGGUUUGGGGCCCCCCCUAUGGGGCUCCCCGCCCCACUUAAAGUGGGGAAAUUACUGGAACGCCCCCCUUUAAUAGAAUACGGAAGCAACAUUUCCGUAUUCAAUACGGAAGUCUUAUAUCCGUAUUAUAUUAGUAUGUAAACCGGCAAGGGUUUAUUCAAACCCAUUUCAAACUUCAUUCCGUAUUUUGCCAAGCUCUUCUCCCCUCUUCAACCUUCGAUCUCUGUCGCUCCCCUUGCUUGAACCGUGUACUUGAAAGGUUCCAUCAUCUCCAUCAAAGCUCUUCACAACCCCAUUCUCAGAAUUGAAACCUAGAGUGAGAAUGAAGAACAGAAAGAGGUCUCAUGCUUCUAGUGAGGAUGUCGGGGCUACUGAGGAUAGACACCGGCGGUUACAUGCUUCUAGCCGGCGCGGCGAUCAUGCUGCAACCUCUCAGGCGGUGGAGGCUUCAGCUCCAGUUGUUUCUCCGCCGUCUCCCAUGAUUGAGGUUCCUCUGGUUGAUUAUCCGCCGUCUCCCACGGUUGAGAUACCUACAGUUGUUUCUCCGCCCUCUCCCAUGGUUGAGUCAUCAGGCGAGGAGUCCUCAGGCGAGGAGUCUUCCGGCGAGAAGUCAUCAGGCGAGGCCUCAUCCGGCAUGGGAGGAUCUGACGAGGAUAGUAUUCCUCCGCCUACUGUUGAUGCUGAUGUCCUGCCGCCAGAGCAGGGGGAGCAGGGGGCACAGGGUGGCGAGGAGGACCUGAUCCAGAGGUUGCCGCCGUUUCCGGGGGGGGCCUGUUGAGCUAUCGCUCCUCACCCAUUAUGCUGAUCACAAGGCUCCCUGGGCGUGGCAUGCACUCCUACGCACAGACGAGCGGUAUGUGGACCGUCGACAGUUGAAGGUGGCCACAGCUGGGGGGAAGGUUUGGAACCUUGCUUGUGAUGGUGAUUCAGACAGUCACAGGCGGGUUCGAGAGUUGAUUGAGCAGACGGGUCUUCAUCAGCUACCCUAUUGCAGCUACCCGGUGACAGAUGCAGGCCUUAUUUUGGCCCUUGUGGAGCGAUGGCAUGAGGAGACUAGUAGCUUCCACAUGCCGUUCGGGGAGAUGACUAUCACCUUGGACGACGUGUCGGCUCUUCUCCAUCUCCCCAUGGGGUCGAGGUUCUAUACGCCUGGGAGGGGGGAGAGGGACGAGUGUGCAGCGCUCUGUGCUCAGUUGAUGGGAGGAUCUGUUGGUAUUUAUGAGGCUGAGUUUGAUACGAAUAGGUCCCAGACUAUUCGCUUUGGGGUCUUGCAGACCCGGUAUGAGGCUGCGUUGGCGGAGCACCGAUAUGAGGACGCUGCACGGAUUUGGCUGGUGAACCAGCUAGGCGCCACGCUCUUUGCUAGCAAGAGCGGAGGCUACCAUACGACCGUCUACUGGAUAGGGAUGUUGGAGGAUCUUGGUCGAGUGUGCGAGUACGCGUGGGGCGCGAUUGCGCUCGCUACGCUAUACGACCAGCUUAGUCGAGCGUCCAGGAGGGGGACGGCCCAGAUGGGAGGUUUUAGCUCGCUCCUGCUAGGAUGGGUCUACGAGUACCUUUCUGACCGCGUCAUUAUCCGUAGGGCGGAUCCGGAGUACUCGCAGGACCAGCCUAGGGCGCGGCGGUGGGCUAUGUCCCGGGUCGGGCAUGCAGGCCUUGAUGAGAGGCGAGUCAUGCUCGAUGAGCUGACGGUGGAUGACGUUAUAUGGACCCCAUUUGAGGACCAUCGGGCUCAUCGACCACGGGAUCCGAGGGCCAUGUAUUCUGGCUACAUCCGGUCGCCAUUUGGCCGUGUUGUUCGACGGCAUCUACCAGAGAGGGUUCUGCGCCAGUUUGGCUUCAUACAGGAUGUCCCUCGACACCCCUCUGAGAUCCAGACGUCUGGGUCCCUUGCUGAGACCGCAGAUGCUGCCUUUGCUGAGUUUGCGCCGCACCUCCGCCCUCAUGGGAUCCCCGCUACAUAUCCGGGAGAGGCUGUGGAGGAUUACAUGAGGUGGUACAGCGCUGUAAGCCAUUGGGAGUGCAUGAUUUAA